AUGGUCAUGAGUUUCUUGGCAAUUGAAGCUGUGUUUCUUGCAGGAUAUGAUUCUGGGGAAAAGAGGCGUAUUCCUGCCUGGUGUGAUAGGAUUCUAUAUCGCGAUAGCAAGAAUCAUUCUGGAGCUGACUGCUGUUUGGAUUGUCCAGUGGUGUCUUCUGUAUCACAGUAUGAUGCGUGCAUGGAAGUGACAGACAGUGACCACAAGCCAGUUCGGUGUAUAUUUAACGUCAAGAUUGCUCGGAUCGAUGAAUCAGUCAGGAGACAAGAAUUCGGGAACAUCAUAAACACGAACAAGAAGAUCAGAGUCAUUCUCGGAGAGUUAAGCAAGGUUCCAGAAACAAUCGUCAGCACUAACAACAUCAUUCUUCAAAACCACGAUUCAACUAUUCUUCGUGUUACGAAUAAAAGCGAGAAGCACAUUGCUUUCUUCAGAAUAAUUUGUCAGGGCCAUUCUAACGUUGAGGAAGACGGUCAGGCUCGCGAUCACCGUGCAAGAGGCUCUUUCGGGUUUCCUCAGUGGCUCGAGGUAUCUCCAGGAACUGGGAUAAUCAAACCAAACCAAAUAGCGGAGGUUUCAGUGCACCUCGAAGACUUCCCAACAGUGGAAGAGUUUGUGGACGGUGUUGCGCAGAACUCGUGGUGCGAAGACACUAGAGACGAGGAAGUGAUAUUAGUCCUAGUCGUUCAUGGAAGGUUCUCUACGGAAACAAGAAACCAUAGAAUACGUGUUCGUCAUUGUCCUCGUGGUGGAUCCGCGAAGAAACAAGGCAAAGCCUCGGGGGAAAUCAACGCGCUUCAUCGCUCGGAUUGUCAACAGUUGAGCAAGACUCUUGAUGUCGUUGAACAGUUGAGGAACUUGCACAGUCCGUAG